AUGCACCUCCGCGGAAUUCUUCUAGUGGCUGUGUUCGGGCUCCUCUCGAGCUGCAACAUUGUCUCCGCCACUUCCAAGUCCGAAGCAAUCGUCUCAAGAACCGCCACCUCAAUCCGUGCUGCGAGCUAUGCCGAGGGUGGCAAGAGGCACGAGAAGGUCAACGAGGAUGCUCAGGACGAGGAGAGGGGCUUGAAAGAUGCUGUCAAGGUGGCAGUACACAAGCUUAAGAUUCCUGGUUGGCUACUGAAUAAGAAGACCCCGGCGGAGGUGGCUGAUGAACUUAAAAUGUCGUAUCCUUUAGUCGAGCACAAACUGUGGCCUGUCAUCAAGAGCUACCAAGAGCAGUACGACCGGAUCCACAUUAAAUACCCAUAG